UGAUAGUUUUAGGUGAACAGUGAAGGGACUAAGCCAUACAUAUACAUGUAUCCAUUCUCCCCCAAAACCCCCUCUUGGGAGGGGUCUUGCUUUGGUUACAAGGUACUGAUGGGAAGGUGGGGGCACAGAGGGACAGGUGGAAUCCAGGAGACACAGGAGAGCUGGCACCAUGGAGAAGGGAGGCUCUCAAGUCAGAGAUGGAGUGAGAUGGGGGAGUUAAAAGGGAACUUUGAGAGUUUUACAGCAGAUGGAGAUUUUAAAAACUAGUUUUGUAUUAUUGUUUGUAUGACAGCUGAGGCCCUGUGCCAAGGGAGGGCUCCCACACUCCCAAGGAAAGUCAAAGCAACCUCCAAACGUCUGUUCCAUCAUGUUUCCUCUGCAGGAGAGAGCAAGUGAGCCUAGGUCUGUCUGAAACGUUCUUGGAUCCUGUGAGGAAAACACCCUGGGCGUCUCUAUACUCUAUCCAAAAAAACUUCAGUGGUGUCUAUAAUACUGUUUACUAAAAGUUGCUGCAAUUGGAUUUGCUUGGGGAGAUUUGGGAGAAUGAUGAGCUCUUUAGUCUGUUGACUGCUGCUUUACGGAUCAUCCCACAUGGUGGCCAAAAACAACAACACUCAUUCGAUCCCAAAUCUGGAGGUUGAACUUCAUUAGGCAGUUCUUGCUUGAGGUCCUGUAUGUGGUUUCAUGCACAGGGAGCCGCCUGGGGCAUCUCCCUCGCUGUAUGGCCUCCCCCCGUGUGGUCUCAACAGUCAGACUUCUUUCUGCAGGACACCCAGAGUCAACGUCCUAGGAGAACCACAGCCCAGUGGAAGCUUGUGACCUCGGCUGAGAGGUCACGUGAUGCCACAUGAUGGAAUCAGGCACAGAAGCCCACCCUUGUUCUCAGGAAAGGGAAUGAUAAGGUUCCGGAAGAGACUGUGGGACAGAAAUAUACUGUGGCCAGUUUGGGGAGCAAUACAAUCUGCUACAUGGCUUUAAGGUGAGCGAGACAUUGGGCAACUGCAGAAGUCUUGCAAGGGUAGCCAACCACAUCUGUGAGACAUGAAUAAGCUCCACAGUUUCCUGAGGGAGUUGGAGCAGCUGGAAGUCUUUGCGCAUUUCUCUCCCUCCAUGCGUUCUCUCCUCUGGUGGCCUCUACACAGCCAAACGUCAUACGUGGCAGCUGAAGGCAUCCAGAGAAUUAGACCAAAACAUGUGAAAGAUCUCAUAACCCUGAUGAUACUAAUGGUGAUAAUCUUCCUGGUGCUUCUAUUCUGGGAAAAUGAGCUGGAUGAGGAAGCAAUGGCGGCAACUUUAGAGCAGUUGCAUGUGGAUUACCCUCAGAGUGACAUUCCAAUAAGGUACUGCAACCACAUGAUCAUACAAAGAGUCAUCAAGGAACCCAACAACACCUGCAAAAAUGAGCAUUUCUUCAUCCAUGAGAGGCCUCGAAAUAUCAACAGUGUUUGCAGUUCUCCCAGGAGGGUGACUUGCCAAAACCAUGCCCCCAGUCUCUGCUUACUGAGUGAAAUCAAGUUCAAAAUGACAGUCUGUAAGCUCAUUGAAGGCACCAGAUAUCCUGCCUGCAACUACCGUGUUUUCGCCACAGAGGGGUUUAUUGUUGUCACUUGUGAUGACAUGGGGCCAGCUAAAAUCCAGAGAUACAUUGAAUAAUCUGAGACCAGCAUCAGAGCCUGCCAUUCUCUCAUCUCCUCUCUCAGAGGCACUGUUGCAGGUUUUCCUGCACCCUGUGGACAUAGGGUCAUGCCUUGAGUGAAAUGCAUUUAUCCUUCCACUAUUGCUGAGCUGGAAUCUUUUUAUUCCGCUUCAAUAAAAAAAAUCUAAUGAAUUAAACCA